CUAGUUGGCAGGUGGGGUAAGUUGGCAGUUUGCUAGUUAGGCCCCUUACAGACCAAAACAAAUCGAGCAUUUUAUACCAAAUAUGAAAGACCACCCCUAGAUGGCUCAUUCAAAAUUUCAAAAGGAUACGACGCCUCAAACAGAAGUUAUAGCAGAAAGAAAAAAAAUUUGGUCAAAAGUUUUUUUUGGGCCUCUCACAACUUUUUGUUUGUCUUAUAGUAUAGAACUCUAAAGUUUCAGAACACCUACUGUCAAACAUAGAGUAAGUGUUCAUCUUUCUUUUAAAAUAAACGUGACAGGUCUGCCUUAAACAGUUUUUUAGUUAUUGAUUUAUGAAUACGAAAAGCAGCCUGUGGGAUGAGAAAUUGUGAAAAUGUUUCACGUGAAAAUGUUUUGAAAGCCACAGAUAUGGUUAGGAAUCACAAUUGGGGAGUUGUUGAUGCUGCCUAGAGAGUUUGAAUUGAGUAGGAGUCUUUUUCGAUACCUCUCUGUGGUCUCUGCCAACAAAGAGGCUGAUGUUGACGAAGAUUCACUUCCCUUAACAUGUGGCUAUUCUUCAAGAAAGAUCUUCACUGCAGACCAAGAGAAAGGACUUGUAGCCUACAUCACCAAGGCAAGCGAUAUCUACUUUGGACUAUGUCCCAUGGAAGUAAGGAAAUUAGCUUUCAGCUACGCUACUUUUCUUGAGUGUAAAAUGCCCAAGUCAUGGGAAUCUACUUCCGCUGCUGGAAAAGACUGGUUUGGAAGUUUCAUCAAGAGGAACCCAUCUUUAUCUAUAAGGAAACCAGAAGCUACAUCCCUAGCACGAGCCAGCAGCUUCAACCAAUACAAUGUUGACUGCUUUUUUAACAACCUUGACAUUGUAUUGUUUAAAUACAAAUUAACUCCACUGGAAAUUUGGAACGUAGAUGAAACUGGAAUCACAACUGUUCAAGUUCCAGAUAGAAUUGUUGGAAGGCGAGACAAAAAACAAAUUGGAUCCCUUACAUCGCAGGAACGAGGCACAUUAGUUACUGCUGCCAACCUACCCCACCCCGUUCGGCAACUUACCCCGUAGGUGGGGCAGGUUGGCAGGAAUUUUUUUUUUGUGUUUUUCUUAUUUUCUGAAUUUGGUGUCAAUGUAUUUCAAAAAGCAAGACGAUCAA